AUUACCAUCCCCUCAGACAAGCUACGGAGACGUAAAGAGGAGCACCUUUGCCUGUGGAGAGAAACUUUUUAGGUGUUAAAGAUUGUGCACGAAGACUUUUAAAAUUCUCCACAGAGAUGCAGGCGGGGAGAGGUCCCUACCUCACCCUCCUUGGCCUCCUGGCCAGCCAGUCCCUGAUGCAAGGCUGUGAUGCUUCGGGUUGCCCCAAUGGAUGGAGGAAGUACCAGAGGUACUGCUACGGGAUCUUCGUCAGCAAACAAGACUGGAUACAGGCUGAGAUGGAUUGUCAGAACUACGGCAAUUCCGGUCACCUGGUAUCCAUUCUCUCGGAUCAAGAGGCAGAGCUGGUAUCCAAGUUUAUUAUGAACAAUCAUCCCAACGUGGGGUCCAUCUGGAUUGGACUGCGGGACCGGAUGAAGAACGGGCGCUGGAGAUGGGCUGAUUCAUCCACGUCCAAGUACACAGGUUGGGUCGGUGGAGAACCCAAAAAGGUUGACGAAAGUGGAUUCUGUGCCUACCUGUCAAAGAAGCAAGAAUACCAGGAGUGGAACGACGCAUUCUGCACUACACCGAUGGCCUACGUCUGCGAAUUCGUUUUGUAGGAAGGAUGGCCGUCCCUC